GUGGGGAAAUAAAUAAAGGCGAACGUGAGCUAAAUUAAAAUGUUUGAAAGUAUGACGUACACGGCUCGACGGAAUAUUGUUAUUUUCGGAGGCUUCCUUAUACACCUUUGUCUAGGAAGUUUUUAUGCAUUCGGCAAUAUCAGCCCUUACAUCAUGUCUUACCUGCGAAACCGGACACAAGAGACUUGGCUAGUAAACACCCAGAACUCGUGGAUCAUGAACGCAGCCGCCAUUUCCGCGCCAAUAGGAUCCAUCACUGGAAGCUACAUAGAACGGAACCACGGCGUGAGAAUCGCUGUUGGAAUUGGGUGUGUGCUGUUUUGCUCUGGUGUACUGCUGACGUAUUUCGCCAUCCAGCGGUCGCUGUACAUAGUGGCUCUCACU